AUGUCGUCGUUGACAUACUGGUUGCUGGUCAUGUUGUGCUUGAGCCAAGCCACAGCGUACAUCGAAAAAAUCAUGGAAAACGAUAGUGUUUGUUCGAUGAGUUUCUUUUCAAAUAAUUUAGACCUAUCUGGUCGUGAAGAUCAAUCAGCUAUGGUGAUCAAAGAUAACCAAUAUUUUCAGAAGUGGACUGGCAAGCAUGAAUUUAAUUGUAAAUUUACAGUAACUUCCUCACUUGGGUUGGGUGUUUUUGCUGUCAUACAGCAUAUGUCUUUUAGGCGUAAUGCUCAAGGACAAUGUAUUGAUUAUAUUCAAUUUCGCCAUGCUGAAAAAACCUUGAGUGUUCUAGACUUAAAUAUUAAAAUUAAGUCAUCAGAGAGCUGGGGUGAGAAAAUUUGUGGAAAAUUAAAUGCAUUUGAAGCCAAUGUUGGUAAUGAAUAUAAUCAAGGCAGUGAUGGAAAUGAUGAUAAAGAAAUAAAAAAUUCAUUCGUUGAUCAUAGAGGUAUGAUUGAAGUUAAAAUAUAUCUUGGAAAUAAAUCUAUAGAGUCCACUGAUGAACUAAAGUUUGAGAUUGUAUUCACAGCAUUCCAAGAAUGCAAAUAUGACAAUGGUCAUUGGAAAAGUUGUGGUAGAAAAACAUGUAUUUUUAAAGAUUUUUUCAAUGAUGGAAAAGUUAACUGCCCAUACAAAAGCUGUAAAGAUGAAAGUGGUUGUCGCCCAGUAGUCUCAGUACUCAAUAGUAACUAUAUAAGCAGCACAACUGUAACCAGUAAAAUCGUGGCUGGAGCAGUUGCCUGCUUGGUUACCAUGAUUUUAGUGUUUAUUGCGUUCCUAUGGAUAUUCAGGCAUUGUGGACCUGCAUUUUGUUGUAUAAGCAACUCUAAUAGCCAUCCACAUUCUUCUGAAAUGCAACCAGUGCCACGCUUGGACACAAUGGCUAUUAUAGCUACAGCUCCACCCGAUUCUAUGGUGGCUAGCGGUACUGAAGUAAGAACAGCUGAUAAAGAUCUACCCCCUUCAUAUGACUCAUUGUUUCCAAGUAAAUAG